AGUGAAACCACCCGUUAAAUGUAAUAGACGAUCUUCGGCAACUCCGUCUGUACACAAUGGCAUUCUUGUAGUGAAUGCGGCUCUCUUUAGGACCCGGGGUGGCCUCCGGGGGAAGUCCUCUCCCGCUUGCGGGGCAAGGCAGCCAAAGCGCAGAAACGCGUAUCCACGCGCACACAUACACACACAUACGCAGACGCACACACACGCACUGCGCGCACUCGCCAAGCUCUUCUGUGCGCUCGCACAUAGGGAUAAACAGAGGGAGAGAGGGAGACCAUAGGAACGCAGCUCGUGUGUGUGUGCGCAUGUGUGUGUGUGUGCAGGUACGCUCGCUCGGUGCUGGAAACGCUAGACUGGCGGGGCAGACAUGGAGAGGUUUGGGGAAAACGCCUGGAAGUGACCGAGAACCGAACCGAAGAGGGUGGCAAGAGAGGAAAAGGGGGCAAAGGAAGAAGGGCGGACUGAUAGCUCGAUAAAAAGGAAGACAAGGAGGAGAGACAAGUCUGACAGAAGAGUGUGGAGACGGGGUUCCCCAGGAACAGAAGGAUCUUAAGGUGACUCCAUGUCCGCGGUGUGUGACAUGUGCCGCAUGGCUCUGGAUGUGAAGGGUAUGGUGAAGGAGUGAGCCCUGGGCUGGAUGGGACCCACCAUGCCCCCCAGUAAGAAGGCUCAAAGCCCAAGUAGUGGAGCCAGUGCCUCGCAGGGCAUGAGCCCUCCGUACCGACAGGGGGACGCUGCCACAGCAGCAUCAGAGGCAGAGGGAGCUGACCUCUCCCUCUCUGUCUCUGCCUCCUUCUCCAAAGCUGAGGACGAGGAGCUGACCAGCCUCUCCUGGCUCCAUGAAAGCACCGACCUCCUCAACAGCUUCAGCCACUCUGGGCUACGUAGCGUCUCCCCACUGCAGGAUCCAGACGGCCAGCAAACCCGCUCGCCGUCCUCGUCUCCCUCCUUAGAUGACCCUCUGCUCGGGGAUGCACACUCACCAUAUGACUUGACGGGAGGGGCCAAUCGAAAACCUCCGUACUCUUUCAGCUGUUUGAUCUUCAUGGCUAUUGAGGAUGCACCAAACAAGAGGCUGCCAGUGAAGGAUAUCUAUGGCUGGAUUCUGGAGCACUUCCCAUACUUUGCAAACGCCCCCACAGGCUGGAAGAACUCAGUACGCCACAAUUUGUCACUAAACAAAUGCUUCAAAAAAGUGGAUAAAGACCGCAGCCAGAGCAUAGGUAAAGGCUCGCUGUGGUCGAUAGAUCCAGAGUAUAGGCACAACUUGAUUCAGGCGCUGAAGAAGACCCCGUACCACCCCUACUCCACUGGGCUGGCUGCAGCUUCCAAUUCCCCGCCCAGCCUUCCACAGGCAUUUUACCACAGCCCACCACUGUGGUCGGGGAGUCCCCUAUUUCGAAAAAACGGAGGAGUUCUUCUGCAAGUUCCUCGGGGCGUGAUCCAGAACGGCGCCCGGGUCAGGAGUCAGGCGCUCUUCCCCGUCAUCAGACCCCUGCCUGUAAGCCCGGUGGGAAGUAGGACCUCGGCCAUCAGAUCAUCCCUGGGAGAUUAUCUAACCCGCGGACAGGACUCUCCUCCGCCCUGCGGCGAGGACCUCCAGGAAGAUCACACUUACAGCACCGCUAAAUCCCCCAGCAGGCUGUGCUCCUCGCCGGUGGCCAGUCCCUCCUCCACGCUGGACGACGACGACAUCAUCGCCGUGGAGAUCCAGUCAGACGUCAAACCCGAGCCCCGCGAGAUCCCCGUGGAUUCUCACAUCACCACUGCCGCCUCCACCUGUAUCUCCCAGCAGCCCCCGCGCGGACAGAGACGCAAUAGCUCGGGGGCGGGAGCCGGGACCCUGCCGGGCAGCAGUUUGCCCUGGACCAAAACCCGAGCGAGGGGCAUCAGCGACACGCUGCCGCUCAAGAAGCGGCGCGCGGUGGAGAAACCGCCGGAGAGCGACGACGAGGAGAUGAAGGAGGCGGCGGGGUCGCUGCUUCACCUGGCGGGGGUCAGAGCCUGCCUCAACAACAUAACAAACCGCACCGCCAAGGGCCAGAAGGAGCAGAAAGAGGCCCUGAGAAACUAAACAUGGAACGAACUCAUGAAAGAUGCACGCACACAUCAGCACAGACACACUCACAACAAUAGAUCGACAGGUAAUCAGCAUUAGUCUCAAAGGACACCAGUCAUCUCCCUCUAUCUAUCUAUCUAUCUAUCUGCAGGGCAUUGGGUUAAUCCUACUUAUUUGUGGCAAUAUCAAAAAUCUAUGUUUUCCUACAUGUUCAGCAACACUAACAUCAAUGGGUAUUUCUCAUGUGUCUAUGUUGUUUCUGUUGUUCAAAAACGGGGAUGAAAGCCAUAAAAAAAAAAUAGCAUGUUUUUGUCACGAAUUUGGACAAAACGACGAGUCACACCAAGGAGCGCAUGCAUGGUCCAGCGACAUGCGAUGGCGGUUUGUCUUACCUGUUUCGAUUUCGCACGAAUCUGUAGCAAUCCUCGCAGUGAUGCCGGCGACAAAGACGGCGGAGACUCAGCCUCCGACACACCCCACACGAGCACAAAUGUGAGACUGUGCCAAAGAGAAGCAGACCAGGUUGCUUCAUGUAGCCGAUGACGAGAAAGAAAGAAAGAAAGAAAAAAAAACUCAAAGAAAGGCGUCGUGAAGCGCCAGAGAGAGGGCCGUAAGUGUCAAACUACAUGUAAAACCCAAUGUGACGUUUAUUCAUGCACUUAAGAUUAUUUUGUGCCACUUAUACUGAAAAAGGGUAACGGCAUGGUUUCUUUUCAAGAGCAGUCAUAGUAUUUAAGAGGAAAUAUAUUAAAAUAAAAUAAUAAUAAAAAAAAACUCAUCAAAGAGAUGGAUAGUGUGCCGGGUCUGAGGCAAUAUCUCCUUCAUUUUGUUGUUGUUGUUGUUGUUGUUGAUGCAUAAUGUAAACGUCCCUGAAACUUCCUCGGUCCAUGGAUAUAGACACCUGGUAAUAAAUGUCCUAGCUGCCAGUAGCUGCCACACCUUCCUCAUCAUUCGACACUGUCAAUGAACUCUGUACAUGACCUGUGGGUUUAGCUUUCUGUUUGUGUCUGUUGACCCACACUCUACCCUCAUAAAGAUAUAAGCAAUUGGUCCUGUGCGGACGACUCUGUAAAAAGUUUAGAAAAUAUUUUAUUUUUUUUUCCUUUCUUAAUUGAAGCAAUUUGACCUGCAGGACUUUCUCAGUUAUAUUGCAUGGGUGCUUGUAAAUAAGAUAAAAAGCAAAUCUUUUUUAUUCAAAGAUCAUGUAAGAUAAACGAUGUAUUUAGCAUGAAGCAUGACUUAUUUUCAUAUAAACCUUGAUCCUAGAGGAAAGAAGAAAAAAAAAAGUUUUUCCGCCAAUUCUUAUACCCGUGGUUAUAUUUUUAGUCUUUUUGUUGUUGCUUUUUUUUUUUCAUUCCUGAUGGGACUUUUAACGACACAUCUUCAGGGAGGAAUAUGGGAGACCGUUUUACAAUUGUUACGCUUGGGGUUCAGGUUCUGUAGGCCAGCCGGUGGGCUUCUCUCUCCUACCUUUGCAGCGAUUUCUUUUGUUUUUAACCUCGUUGUUUCCGAUCAUGUGGAGUGUGUGAGUUGGUGUGCCCGGGAUCACACACCCCCUUUGACAUUGUGCCUGCCUGCCCCAUUCUGUUAUCCCAACAGAGCAUCACCUGUCUCUAUUUAUAUCAGUAUUUUUUGUUGCGUUUUUGUUCUCUGCUGUGUUGGUGUCCUUUCUUUCCAUUUACAUCGUCCAGUGGAAUUGUUUUUUUAUGGGAUGGGCAUGGAAAACCAGGACGAAUAAUCCCAAAACUUCAAGUUUAUGUUCCGCAUUUUCCACUUUUUCUGCAAAAUCAAACAUGGUUGUUGUGAUCAGAGGUAUUUGUUUUCCAUCUUUGGGGUUUUUGUUUUUUGGCUCUUCGAGGCGCAUUUCACUUCAGGCCAGGAGCACAAUGACUAGCGGCGUAGGUGCAGUCAAAUCAGGAAUGCCUAUAAAGUGUUAGUUUCCUUCCAUCUGGGUUUUUUUCUUUUUGAAGAGGUCUUGCAGGUGCCAAGAACCAAGCAGCAAAACAAAUGCAUGCCUUAUCCAAUGGUAGAGAACUUUGCCACCUGUAGCAUGCAUCACUGGCUUUGCAUUCUGUGCGGCGUCCAUGCCGACAUGUAGAGAAGUGUUCCCAUCAUGUGCCAUUCGUCUGAUAUCUGUCUGAGUGCUCCCGUGACCCGGGGUCAAGCACUCUGCUGUAUUCGAUGUAACAAUCCACUGUUGGGGGGGGAUGAGUAUUGUGCUCACUUGUCAAUAGGGCUGUUGCUUUUGUAACACCCCCCCCCCCCCCCCCUCCUCUUUUUUGUUUUUCCUGACUCACUCGUUGACAUGCGGGGGGAAAAUGGCCGUUAAAUCCAGCAAGUAUUUCUGCCAGACGAGAUCCCCAAAAUCUGAUGUUUCGUUCAAACCUGCCAAACCAAAUGCUCUGAAAUUGCCAUUUCUGAGAGGGUUUUUAUUUUUGUUGUUGUUGUUGUUUUGCUCCUCUCCCUGACGAGAUUACAUUACUGCCGUUACGUUUAGAGACCUGCCUGAGCUGGAUAUCGGAAAGCCAUAGGUUAGAGAUGUCAAAUUGCAAAGCUGUUAUCGAUCGGUGAGAUGCCAUGCAGAGUACACCCAGGUGUUCCUUUUUUUAUUUAAUUUUUUUUAUUCUUGUUGUUUUUUCCCCCCAUCCACCCGGUAAAUGUUCAGUUUUUCUCCCCUUAUUGUGCAAUCACAUUGCCAAAGAAUGAUUUCAAGACCUAUUUCAUCACUACAUGUAAAUAUCAACGUUGUCUAAUACCGUGGCAAAAAAAUAUAUAAAUGUUGUUUUAUUUUGUUUUCCAUUUUCUGAACAACUACAAUGAUGUUUAUGUGAUGUAUUGUCUUCCAGUUGGUUGCAAUAAUAAAAAAAAUACAAGUUGCAGAAAA